AUGCUCGCGCACGGCCGGAAUCCCGACUUGCCGGCCGAGCACCCCAUCAACGCGCUCAGCCCGUGGCGCAAGGCUGCGAUCCUGGGCACGCUGUCGUUCUGUGCGCUAAUGGGUAAUUUCAACGUCGCCAUCAUCCUCACGGCGUUUUUCCCAAUGGCCGCGCAGUUCAAGACAAGCCCAGGCGCUAUCGCAAACUGCGUCGGAUACGCGUUCCUCGGGAUGGCUGUCGGCCCGCUCUUCUGGAACCCGCUCUCGCGAACAGUGGGCAGGAGGCCAGUGUACCUCCUCGGCUCGGUACUUCUUCUCCCGUGCGCGGUGUGGUGUGCCCUCUCGCCGACGUACGGCUCGUUCGCCGCCGCGCGCGUCGUCACGGGCUUUUUCAACGGGUUUUCCCAGACGGUGCCGCCGGCGACCAUUUCAGACAUCUACGUCGAGCGCGUGCUCGGCUCCAAGAUGGUGAUAUAUAUCGUGUGCCUUGUCUGCGCACCCGCCAUCGCGCCCAUCAUCUCCGCCGGCAUCAUCAAGCACCACUCGUGGCGCAACCUCUUCUGGUUGGUGCUCGGUCUGUACGGCCUCCAACUCAUCCUCUUCUUCUUCUUCGUCCCCGAGACGAUGUGGAACGAGGACGACUCGGGCAACGAGAGCAAUAACGAGGCCGACAAGGCCCCGCCGGUCCAUGUCGAGGGCGAGAAGGUCACCCCUGCACCGGUGCGGCGCUCUGGCCACGUCGGCAUAGCGUGGUAUCCUUGGCAGCGGCCCCGCGAGUACCUGUCCAUGAUGAUCUCACCCAUCAUCAUGUUCAAGUACCUCGCCAUCCUGAUCACGUCCGUCUACUACGGCAUGGUCUUCGCCUGGGGUGUCGGCGCCAGCAUCAUCCUGCCACAGAAGUACGCUGCACCGCCAUACUCCUUUGGUCUCAUCGCCACCGGCGCCACGUUCAUCGCCUUCGGUAUCGGCUCUGUUAUUGGCCUUCCUCUAGGUGGAAUUGCAGGCGACAAGGCUGUCGACUACUUCGCCAAGAAGACGGGCCGCCGCGAGCCCGAGCACCGCCUGUGGGCUAUGUACCCCAUGCUCCCGCUCUUCUUUGUCUCGUGCAUCAUCUGUGGCUGCGGGCUGCAGUACAACCUGCACUGGAUCGCCUUUCUCAUCGGUGGCGCAAUCAUGUACACGGCCCUCACGGCCAUCACGGGCCUCCUCCAGACGUACGUGCUCGAGACGUACCUCCCCAAGGGCGCGGACACCCAGGCCGUGUUCACGUUCUGGAGGCUCAUUUGGGCCUUUGUGGCCCCCUUCUUCAUCUUCGACUGGGGAGUGAAGCACGGCUGGCUCCAAGAGUUUAUUAUACAGGGCGCGCUUGGCCUCGGACUGGGUCUCUUGCUCUGCUUUGGUCUCAUUUGGAAGGGCAAGGAGUUGCCGACGCCGGCGCCCAUCGAUCCGCGGGACAUAACCGACGCCUCGCAGAUCGCUGCCCAGCUCGCGCUCCUCACGAGGCGCGAAGCGGACCUGACGCUGGCGCUGAACGCGCUCAUCGCGGACCGGACGCAGGUCGACGGCGCGCUGAGCCGGCUCUCGCAGCUGACGACGGACGUCGACGCGCUCAGCAUCGAGGUGGACGGCGUCGCGUCUGGCUCGUCGCGCCCAAACGGCCACCCUGGCCAGCCUCAGCAGCAGCAACGCAUCUCGUCGCGCGGGCUCGGGCUGCAGAAUGCCGACGUCGAGUACGACGAUGGCACGGACGGCCUUGUAAGCCGCGUCAACCGCGUCUGGGAGACGAGCGAGCGCGUAGGCGGCAAGGUGCGCAAGCUCGACGAGGAGAUCGGCAGGGUGCGCGAGGCGGCGGAUGUCGUCACCGAGGUGCUGGAACUCAAGAAUGCCCUCCAGACGCUCGCUAUUGCUAUCGAGAAGAACGACUGGGAGUCGGCGUCGAGAAGCUGUAAGCGCGCCAUGAGCGUCAGCAAGGCUGUUCUUGAGGGCGAGUUUGCGGGUUCCGUUGUGCCAACACCACAAUCACCACUACCCCCACCUCAGCAGCUCAACGAGCUGCGCGACUCGCUCCUGCAGACCUUUCGCGCCGAGUUUGACGCGGCCGCGGAGCGCAAGGACGAGGGCGAGGUCAGCCGGUAUUUCCGCCUGUGGCCAGGCAUCGGGGCCGAGGACGAGGGUCUCGAGGCGUACGGCGACUUUGUCGUUGGGCUCGUCAAGGCGCGGUCCACGGCGGCCGGCAAGCCCUCGUCGCCCGUGUACUAUCUCACCAACCUCACCUCGCUCCUCGAGUCCAUCGCCCACAUCAUCGACCAGCACCAGCCCGUCGUGGACAAGUACUACGGCACGGGGCGGAUGCGCAAGGUCGUCGGGCGGCUGGUGGCGGAGAGCGACCGCGUAGUGAAGAACCUCGUUGAGGGUUGGGAGGAGGAGCGGAGGGUCGGCCGAUUGAUAUCCGAGACCAAGCAGUCGCGCUUCACGCUACUCUCCAACCCCGCGCUCGCGCCGCCCCUCUUCGCGUCCCUCACCAACCCCGCGGCUGCGAACCAGCUCUCCCUCGCCUCGCUCGCGAACACGACGUCCAACCUCACGUCCACGCUGCAGUCGUACGCGCCGGGAAGGAAGCAGGUGCCGACGGGCACUGCGACGCCUGUGCAGCCAGAGGAGGAGCCGGGCCCGGAUCUCCGCGACGUCGACCGUAUUCUCGGCGAGCUAGUCGCGCUUGGUGGUCGGUGGGCAUUGUUCCGUCGUUUCGUUUGCUCUCAGCUUUCGGACGAGGAAGGCGACCAUGCGGCGCAGACACGAGCGACCCUCGAGCUGCUUGAGCAGUCGGGCUCACAACGAGCAAUUGAGAACCUGCUCAAGGUCUACUACACCCCAUUGGAGACGUGGUACCUCCGCACCUCCGUCGAGAAGGCGCACCGCCUCGACUCGCCCGACACGAGCGCCAAGCCGCACCUCUCCUCCAUCCUGGACGACACGUUCUACCUCAUCAAGCUGGUGCUCAACCGCGUCCUCUCGAGUGGAUCCGUGUCCACCCUCUCGAGCCUGCGCGAGAAGAUCACGAGCGUGCUGGAGACUGAUUACGCGGCAUACAUCGGCAAGAAGAUGGAUCUGCUGUACACCAGCCCCGCGCCGCACGACCGUGCCGAGAAGGAGCGACGAGAGAAGGACCAGAAGGCAUCGUACAUCAUCUACUUGAACGACCUCGACGUCUCGGCCGACUACAACGACCGCAUGCUGGCCGAGAUCCGCGCCAACAUCCCCCAGGUGUACCUCGAGACCGAGCUCGAGGCGGUGCUCGAAGAACUCGACAUCCUGGGCGACCUCUCCAGCCAGUUCCGCUCGUCGUCGCGCUCCGGCCUCGAGCAGCUCUUCAACCAGGUCACGCGGCCACGGCUGCGCCCCAUGCUGGACGAGUGCUACCGGGACGUGUCGUACCUGCUGGACGAGGACGCGUUCGCCGACGCCGAGGAGCACGACGUCGUGCGCCGGCGCUUCGUCCGCGCAUGGGAGGGCAUCGUCGAGGGCUUCAAGGACGCAUUCACAGACCACAACUACCAGACAUUCUUCAACAUGACGGUCGAGACGCUCGUCAAGCCGUGGGAGAAGAUGGUCUUCAACAUGCAGUUCUCGGAGCUCGGCGCGAUCCGGUACGAGCGCGACAUUCGCUCCGUGGCCAGCUACCUCUCCACGCAGGCGGCGUACGGCGGCGCGCGCGACAAGUUUACCCGCCUCUCGCAGAUCGCGACCAUCCUCAACCUCGACGCGGACGAGGACCCAGACGAGUUCUACUCCAACUCUGGCAUUCCCUGGCGUCUGUCCAGGAACGAGUACAACACUGUCGUUGGGCUGCGCGAGUUCUAGGGGUUGAUCUUGCCUAUGCAUUUGUUCAUUGCAUCCGGUGUUGAAGGAGGAGGCCGAGCAGCGACGCCCAGUCGGCAUUUGACCAAUUCAACGAACCCGUCGCCUCGGCAACCACCAAGCCACCACCAACUCGCCCGCCCUCCCGGCCAUUCUG